AUGUCUGCAUCUACAGUGGCUCACGUAAAUAGUCUGGUUCUGGAUGCUACACCUUUAAUUACACAUUCGUAUUCGCAUUAUCAGCACUAUGCUAAGACAUUCUUCACCACGCCAACAGUAUUUAAUGAGAUUAAAGAUGAACAGGCGAGAAAAAACCUAGAUUUGUGGCUAAGCUUGGGAUCUCUGCAGCUGCGUCAGCCACGCAGUGACUCCGUGAAAAAAAUCGGUGAUUUUGCCAAACUAACCGGUGAUUACUCGGUUUUGAGUGCUAACGAUAUUCACAUCAUCGCAUUAGCUUACGAAGUUGAAGUCGAGCUCAAUAAAGGAGACUGGAGACUACGCAAAAAACCUGGGGAUGACCUGACCACUGUGAUUGAACGGGAAGCUCAGGAAACCAACAGUGACAAAACCAAGAAAAAGCGUAGAAGAGGUGGUAAAAAACAACGUGAGAAGCAACAACAGCGUGAACAAGAAGACACAGAGGUGUUACACUCUGCAGCUAUUGAAAACGACAAGACAGAAGACAAGAACGAGUCAAAACCAGAACCAGAGCUCUCAGCAAACGAGUUGGAAGAAAAUGCCAAAGCUCCUAAUCCCGAAGACGAGGCGGAAUACUUUGAAGGUGACGAUGACGGUGACUGGAUCUCGCCUGAAAAUCUCACGGAGACCAUGAUAAAAGACAGCGGAGAAGACACCACCGGUUCGCAUGUCCGUGAAGACCUAAACGGGUACAUGUCUGAAAAUCAUCUAAAACUUCCACAAAAUCAGGUAGCGUUAGCAACGGGGGACUUUGCCGUCCAAAACGUUGCGUUGCAGAUGAAUUUGAAUUUGAUGAACUUUUUGUCUGGUCUUCGAAUCAAAAAACUUCGUAAUUACAUGCUAAGAUGUCAUGCGUGUUUCAAGAUGCUUCCGUUCCCUAAAACCGGGACUCCCAAGCACUUCUGUCCGUCCUGUGGUGGCUCCGGUACAUUGAUGCGGUGUGCUGUGUCUGUAGACGCAGUUACGGGCGAAGUAACGCCUCAUCUUAAGACUAAUUUCCAAUGGAAUAACCGUGGCAAUCGCUAUUCCAUAGCCAGUCCAUUAUCCAAAAAUUCUCAAAAACGAUUCGGUAAAAAGGGUUUCGUGCACACCAAACACGGCCAAGAGGCCGAGCUACUAAGAGAGGAUCAAAAAGAGUAUGAAAAGGCUUUGAAGCAAGAAGAGUGGACUCGCCGUCAUAAUGAAAAGGUUCUAAGCGACUGGACCGCAGGUGGUUCUGCAGACAAUUUCAUUUCACCGUUUGCGAUCACAGGGCUCAAGCACCACUCAGUAAAAGUCGGCCGUGGCCGUCAUGCCAAUAGUGUCAGAAGCAAGAAAUGA